AUCAGAAACCCGGCAGUAGAUUCACAUGAUAGUUGUUUCCACCAGAAAACAUCCAACUGGUUGUGUCUGGGAUCAGGCUAACAGCUGUUAGCUAACAUUUAACAGAACUACUAGCCGCAAGUGUUUUCAGAACAGCUAACUUUUAUUUAUUGGGACAUUUUCACGAAUGAAUCGACUAAACUACUUAAUUUACUCAGUAUAACUGUGAUACUUUGUGUUUUACUUUAGUUUUUAUCUUAAGUGAACUUAGGUUCAUGAAUUGUUUACAUUAAAUACUUAAGUACGUUUACUCAAGUACUAUUGUAGGUGCGUGUACUUUUCCUGAGUACUGACAUUUAUUGGUAUUUAACACUAACUCUGACAAGUACUGCACUUCCUUUGGACAUGUGGAGUAUCUACAGACUUCUAGUCUUUGCUGCAGCAUCAGGUUUCACACCUGUACAUGUGCUGGAGUUCUGUCACAGCGAUGGACCAGACUGUCUCAGUGAUGGAGACGCAGCAUCAAACAGUCGGUCGUCCCAACGCUCUGUCAAAUCCAGGUGGAACGCAACUGUUUCAAACCUCAUUCAGGACCUGGACCAGUUCCGAGUGUCCUGUAAGAAGAUAAUCGAAGCAUUCCCAAUUGAGGAGGUCAGCGGAGACUUUGUUCACACUGUGAAGAACUGCAUGUUUUCCAAAUCCAUCCCAACUUCUCUGAAAGGGCCGCUGAGACUGGCAGCAGUUUCUAAGCAGGAUGUCAUCGAGGGGAACUUAGAUUUAGAUGUGGCUGUAACGCAGUCCGAUGAUUACCUGCUUUAUGCCAGUGGGGGCCGGCUGCUGUCAGGAUCCGUGCCUCUCGCACACAGAUACGGGGGUCAUCAGUUUGGUUACUGGGCAGGUCAGCUGGGGGAUGGUCGGGCACACUUCCUUGGUCAGUAUUCCAACAGUAAGGGAGAAAAAUGGGAACUGCAGCUUAAAGGCUCUGGAAAAUCUCCAUACUCAAGGUCAGGAGAUGGUCGAGCUGUGAUCCGCUCUUCUGUCAGAGAGUUCCUGUGCAGCGAGGCGAUGCAUUUCCUGGGUGUUCCCACCAGCAGAGCUGCCAGUCUGAUUGUGAGCGAGGAGCCGGUGAUAAGGGAUCAGUUCUACAAUGGCAACAUGAAGACAGAGAGAGGAGCUGUCGUUCUGCGGUUAGCAAAGUCGUGGUUUCGGAUUGGAUCGUUAGAAAUUUUGUCUCAAAGUGGAGAGAUGGAUCUUCUGAGGAAGCUGCUGAACUUUGUGAUUGAUGAACAUUUUCCCUCAGUCAGUUCAAAUGACCCUGAUAAAUAUUUGGUGUUUUAUUCCACGGCUGUAAAUGAAACAGCACAUCUGAUUGCCCAGUGGAUGUCUGUUGGGUUUGCACAUGGUGUGUGCAACACAGACAACUUCAGUCUCCUGUCUAUCACCAUCGACUAUGGACCGUUUGGCUUCAUGGAGUCGUAUGACCCCAAUUUCAUCCCAAACACGUCUGAUGAUGAGGGCAGGUACAGAAUAGGAGCUCAGGCCGACGUCGGACUGUUCAACCUGGAGAAGCUCCUCAGUGCUCUCAGUCCUGUGUUUACACAUAAACAGCAGGAAGAGGCUAAAAUCAUCUUAAAAGGAUUUGCGGAUAUUUACCAGAUGAGGAUUCACCAGAUAUUUAAAGCGAAACUGGGGCUUCUUGGUGAAGAGGAAGAAGAUACUUACCUUAUUCCCUUCCUGCUUCAGAUGAUGGAGGACACAGAGUCAGACUUCACUAUGACCUUCAGACAACUCAGUGAAGUUUCACACCUGCAGCUUCACAAUAAGAACUUCACACAGAUGUGGGCUCUUAAUGAUUUAUCAAGGCAUCAGCACUUCUCUGAUUGGCUCAACAUGUACCUCCUCCGCAUCAGCAGACAAAGUGAUGGUGAUGUGAAUCGUCAAAACAGAAUGAGAAAUGUAAACCCCAGAUACGUGCUGAGGAACUGGAUGGCGGAGUCGGCCAUAAGAAAAGCUGAGAUGAAUGAUUUCUCUGAGGUAGAGCUGCUGCACCACAUCCUGUCCUUUCCCUUUGUUACACAAGAGACUGCAGAGGAGGCGGGCUAUGCAGCAAGACCUCCGCCGUGGGCUCAGAGGUUAAAGGUCAGCUGCUCCUCAUGAGUGGAUGAAGCAAAACACUGAAAUGAAGGCGUCACAACUUUCCCUGAUGUUUCGUGCGUUAGGUUAGUGGAACAUAUUUCCUCCAAAAUGUCUGCGGAGAAAAACCCACUGUGUGUGUGGAUACAGUGACCAACAGAGAUCAGAUUAUUUUAGCUGAUGAUAUUGUAUCCAUCCCUUUUGUCUAUUUGACACCGAAAUAAAGAGGAAGAUGCUGCUUUGAGAGGCUGUUCUGU